CGUAAUUUGUAAGGUGCUGAUCAUAAUGGUAUUUACCUCAGUGGUUUGAAGUGCUUCAGGAAAUAAUGCCGAGGAUUGUGUAUCUGCGGACCCAGGCAGUGUGGCCAGCAGCAUGAGGCCACCAUGAAGUUCUCUGAUAUUGCUGGUGGUAGUACUGAUACAGGAAAUCAACUGUAAAGUGCUACCUGAAUAUAAUUUUGAUGUUAGCUUGCAUAGGUUGGAAAACAUUGGAAGGUACAUUCUCCACCCAGAGGCAUCUAUGAAGGAGCAGGAGUGGGUAUAGAAAAGGAGCUGGAGAUGGAAAAUGCUCAAGCUGGAGCCCCAGAAAAGCCAGAAAUAAGACCUGACACCCAAGAAGAAGCACACGAAGGUGACACCAAUGAAAGCCCACUACAGGUUCCAUCCAGCAAUGUGGCUCUUCGGGUCCCAGAGGUCUUGAACACAGCACAAGCCAAGGGGAAGAAGGGCUUUCUCCCUGUGGCUAGCAACACACUCCACUUGUCCAUAGAGGAGUCUGAGUUCCCACAGAAGGACAGUGAUGUCCCCAAGUUCCCAGAAAACAUCACGCAUCACAAGAAAGGCAAGAUCUCUGGAUCUUCAGCUAAAACCACACAGCCCAAGCAUAGCAACACCCCCAAUUCCUUGGUGAAAACCACCCACCCCAAACAGGGGAACACCCCCAAGUCCUCAGAGGAAACCAUCCAAUCCAAAGAGUAUAAUACCCCCACAUCCUCAGAGGAAACAACUCAGGCCAAAGAGGGUAACACUGCCAAGUUCUCAAAGACGACCAACCAGUUCAACCCAGGGAACAUCCUCAAGACCUCAGAGAAAAUCAGCCAGUUCAACCCGGGAAAAAUCCUCAAGGCUUCCGAGAAAACCAAUGAGUUCAACCCAGGGAACAUCCCCAAGGCCUCAGAGAAAACCAAUCAGUUCAACCCAGGGAGAAUCCUCAGGGCCUCCGAGAAAACCAAUGAGUUCAACCCGGGGCACACCCUCAAGGCCUCAGCAAACACUAUCCAGUCCAAACACAGUAACAUCCCCAAGUCCUUAACAAGAAAUACCCAGCCUAAACAAGAGAGUAUUCCCAAAUCUUUAGAAAGUAAAAUCCAAUCUAGAGAAGGUGACAUCCCCAAGCCCUCAGAAGAAACCGCUCAGCCCAGGGAGGACAAAAUCCCUAAGUCUUCAGAGGAAACCAAGGAGCCCAAGGAGGGUGACAUCCCCAAGCCGUCAGAGGAAACCCCAGAGCCCAAGGAAGACGCCAAAGAAGAAUCAGUGGAGCUCCCUGAGGAGGACAUGGUGAAGGUGAUCAUGGGCAAGGACGACUUCAAGGAGGCACUCAAGGAGGCUGGGGAGAAGCUGGUGGCCGUGGACUUCUCAGCCACAUGGUGCGGGCCCUGCAGGACUAUCCGGCCACUUUUCCAUUUGCUCUCUCUGAAGCACAACGAUGUUGUGUUCCUGGAAGUGGAUGUCGAUGACUGUGAGGAGCUGGUGAAAGAGUGUGAGGUCAUUUGUCUCCCAACCUUUCACUUUUAUCAAAAUGAGGAAAAGGUGGGUGAGCUUUGUGGCGCCCAUAAUGAAAAACUCGAAGCAAUUAUUACAGAAUUAAAGUAA